CCCGCGCAGAACACAGGGCCACGUAGCUUUCGCGGCAUUGGAGACCACGCACCUCUUCCAUGGCUACCGUGAACUCCCGUCGCGUAGGGGAUGGAGGUGGCGCGGGAGGCACCUUCCAGCCCUACCUGGACUCCUUGAGACAGGAGCUGCAGCAGAGGGACCCUACGCUGCUGUCAGUAGUGCUGGCGGUCGCUGUGGUGCUGCUGACUCUGGUGUUCUGGAAAUUCAUCUGGAGCAGAAAGAGAAGUCAAAGAGCUGUUCUCCUUGUGGGUCUUUGUGACUCCGGGAAAACAUUGCUAUUUGUCAGGUUGUUAACAGGCCAUUACAGAGACACGCAGACUUCUAUUACUGACAGCUCUGCUGUGUAUAGAGUCAACAAUAACAGGGGCAAUAGUUUAACCUUGAUUGACCUUCCUGGGCACGAGAGCUUGAGACUUCAGUUCUUAGAGCGGUUUAAGUGUUCAGCCAGGGCUUUUGUGUUUGUGGUGGACAGUGCAUCUUUCCAGCGAGAGGUGAAAGACGUGGCAGAGUUUCUGUAUCAAGUCCUCAUAGACAGCAUGGGUCUGAAGAACACACCAUCAUUCCUAAUAGCCUGCAAUAAGCAAGAUAUUGCAAUGGCAAAAUCAGCAAAGUUAAUUCAGCAACAGCUUGAGAAAGAACUCAACACCUUACGAGUUACCCGCUCUGCUGCCCCCAGUACACUGGACAGUUCCAGUACUGUCCCUGCUCAUCUUGGAAAGAAAGGCAAAGAAUUUGAGUUCUCACAGUUGCCCCUCAAAGUGGAGUUCCUCGAAUGCAGUGCCAAGGGUGGAAGAGGAGACGCAGGUUCUGCAGACAUCCAGAACUUAGAGAAAUGGCUGGCUAAAAUUGCCUGAGGGGCAACUCCGGAGCACAAGCUAUGAGUGUGUGUGUGUGACUGUGACUGUGGGACUGGCAGUGUUGGAAGAAGAGCUGUGGUAGUCUGGAGUUGAAAAGGGUACAAAAUGUGGUUAGAAACAUUUCCUUGUCCUGAAAACAAAUUACUAUUCAUACCAGCUUGGAAGUUUUUUGUUUUAGUUCCUUUCUCUGAUUGCUCCCUUUCAAACAAAUCCCUUUUAUUUAACUCUAACAUUAAGUGUUGGUAUUAAGUGUCCCUUUAACAUGUGCUUGAUUUAAGGUCAAGGUCUUUGUGAUGUAACAAGCAGACUUCACAUAGAGGAUACUGUCAGGACAUGGUUAUUUUCUGAAGUUUUCUCAUCCUCAAUUUCUGUGCUUUGGUCUCUUUCCUGGAAACAAACUGUCUAUUUAUGAAGCCAGUUGAUUUCCAGUUGCCCCUGGGCAAUACAUUGUCUAGUCCUUAGUCAGUUCUCAGAUUUAUAGGUAGAGUUAGUUGUCCCAUGUGUGAAAACAGGUAUGAAAGAGCAAGAUAGAGUUGACAGUGGGUUCUUAAUGGGCUCACUGACUUGUCCGCACUCCAGUCUCAGCACUCACAUUUAAAGGCUGGAACCCUUGGUGGUGUUCCCAGGUGAUAGAAUUAAAAAUGCUAAAUCCUCAAAUGCCUCUCCUGUGUUCUGGGGAUGUGGGAGCUCUACAGACACCCUUUGAUUCUGUGGAUGGCCUCGGGCUCCUGGCUCCACUUGCUGCCUGAUCAAUUCCUAUUUUGUACCCUUCACUAGAAUGCUGUGUAUCGAGAAAUGUAAAAAGGGUUUUUUGUAGAUUUUGGGGUGUGCAUUCAUGCUUUAAAAAAAAGUUGCCUUUUCAAAGUGAUGUUCUUUCUGUCUUAAGUAUUUGGCUUUUUUAUUGCUUUUGUAAGUGGUUACUACUUUUCUUGAUAAAUAAAAUAGGCUUUCUA